UCGCCGCGACGGUCAUCGAGAGCCCGCGCGACCAAUUCACAAUCCCAGCAAUCAUCUGUCUCGUCGAGCACCUCUGGCCGAGCCGAACGGAACACGAGAUCCGUCGUCAAGCCCUCCUCCACCAAGUCCACACCUAGCGCCUCAUUGUCGUCGGAGCCCUUUGAGGAUCUCGACGACACCCUCCUCGGUCGCCGGCGAAAACGCAAUCACGACGACGAUACCGAAAAGGCUUCCAGGCCUGACAAUUUUGACAUGGCAAAUGGAAGCGACGACCUCCAGGAGGAGGAAGAUGAGGCUGUCCGCUGCAUCUGCGAUUCUGAGGACUACCCGGGUCGCCCGCCUGUCGAGGGACCCGACGCCGACUUUUUCGCCUCCAUUGAGUUCACUGAAGAUGUUACCGGCUUCUUCGUUCAAUGCGACGUCUGCAAAGUCUGGCAGCACGGUGCCUGUGUAGGCAUUUUCAGUGCCGAAAGCUCCCCCGAAGAAUAUUUCUGCGAACAAUGUCGCAAGGACCUACACAAAAUCCAUACUGCAAGCAACGGACAAAAAUACUCGAAAUAUGUUCCUCUCAAUCGCCCAUCGCGGGCCACGUCGAGGGCUGCCUCGAUCGCCAAGGAGGGAACUCGCUCCCCAAAGACUGGGACAGGCAAAAACUCACGCCCUACCUCUGCUUCACAGACGUCGAAGCGCCGAUCUACAAUGAACAGCCGCGACCGAGCCUACGAAGAUGAACAACUCCUUCGAGCCAUUGAGGCAAGCAAGGAAGAUGCUCCUCACGAUGCGCCAGAGGCCUUGACCAGGAGAGCCAAGCGGGGGCGGAGUGACAGUGAAGAGUCAGUCGCCCUUCAUACCCAGCCUCGGGAUGAUAAGCUGACGGCAACGAGAAGCCACACGAAUGUCAAGAGACAGCGAACCAGUUCUCGCUCCGCUUCGCCUCCUGCUCAACCUGUCGAGGCCACCAGUCGCGACGAGUCAGAUGAAGAGUCGAGCACUCGCAGUGGCGCAAAAAAGGCUCGAAAUAACAAGACUCAAAAAGCAAAGACGGAAAAAGAAGAUAAAGAACGUCAGAGGCAAGAGGCAGCAGAUAAGCGCAAAGGACGCGCAGAGAGGCGUCGUGGAGAGGAUUCUGAUCCUUCUGACGAGACGCCUGCUCCCCCGGUAAAACCGCCUGCGGCAAAGAGCAUUGAGACUCCAAUCGUCACCGAGACUCCAGCUCCUCCAGUUCAGCCAGUCCCUGACACUCCACCCGCGAGCCACCCUCCGACCACGAAUACCCAUAAACGAGGUGGCAGAAAUACUCACAAGAAGGGCAAGGGCAGAAACCAGUAUACUAGAGACCGUGAUGCGGAUGGCGAAUCCCCAGCACGGUCAAUGUCGCGAGACAUUCAGAAGAAUGGGGAUGAUUCAACGCCAGGCCAUUCCAAGUCGACCAACGACCACCACCGACAUGGAAAAUCAAAGGCAGCCCCACAUCAUAAGCUGAGCAUGAUGGAUAUGAAGCGGCGUGUCGGCGCCAUCAUGGACUUUAUCUCCCGAACCCAGGUGGAUCUUGCGGCAGAAGCCAUUCCAGUGCCCAACGGGUCCGCAAGCAGCGGGCAGGUUUCGCCCCAGAAGACUCCUGUCCCGCAAAUUGCUAGCAGACCCGAGAACCAGUCCAUGGCAGUGGAGAACGGAUCGACCAGGGAGUCUUCUCACGACAAGGAUUUCAAAGAUCUGAACUGUAUGGAGAUGAUGGACGUUCUAACGCGGGAUAUGGUCAAGUGGCAGAGCCAGUAC